AUGGAAACAUCUUCGAUUGCAACUGCUCUCCAGUAUGACACACUAAACGUUGCGACAGUAGAUUCGCAACGUAAGAAGUUGGAGCUCAAGCUCAUCACAGGAAACGAACAGCUGUGCACGUACGAUAACGAUCACACUAUCACCGUGCUACAGGUUAUGUUGGUCGACGCAGAACUGGCUAAAAUGGAGUUCUAA